AUGACAACAGCAGAUGCCAACACAUUCAAGAUUCUAAUAGCCACAGAUAAUCACCUUGGCUACUUAGAACGCGAUCCCAUUCGAGGACAAGAUUCAUUCAACACAUUUGAAGAGAUCUUACAAAUUGCAGAGUCCAAUCAAGUUGAUUUUAUCCUGCUUGGAGGUGACUUAUUUCAUCAUAACCGACCAUCGCGAUCAUGUCUGUACAAGACGAUGAGGUUAUUAAGAAAAUAUUGUUUUGGAGAAAGGGAAAGCAAAGUGUGGAUAGCAAGUGAUCAAGGUGUUAACUUUGGAGACGAACUUGGAGUGGCUAAUUAUUUGGAUGCCAAUGUGAACAUUAGUAUGCCUGUUUUUUCAAUACACGGCAAUCAUGACGAUCCUUCUGGCACAAACAACCUUUGUGCCCUUCAUUUACUCUCUUUGGCGGGCAUGGUCAACUAUUUUGGCAAUAGUCCUAGUUUCGAAGAAGUAAUGGUUCAGCCCAUCUUGAUGGAAAAGGGCAGUACCAAAUUGGCACUGUAUGGGCUUGGCAACAUUCGAGAAGAACGGUUACAUCGACAGUGGCAAGCAAAUAAGGUCAAGUUUGUGCGUCCAGCAGACGAAGGCUGGAAGAACUGUUUCAAUCUGUUUGUGCUUCAUCAGAAUAGAGCAGCACAUGGACCUAAAUCGCAUAUUCCUGUGGACUUUUUAGAUGGAUUCUUGGACCUUGUCCUCUGGGGACAUGAACAUGAAUGCAGAAUACAUCCUGAAGAGUAUGAACGAUUUGCGAUCACGCAACCUGGGUCUUCUGUGGCAACGAGUCUAUCGCAAGGAGAAGCCGAACCGAAGCAUGUGGGUAUCCUCAAAAUUGAAGGUAGUCAAUUUAACUUGGAAAAAGUGCGAUUAAAGACAAUACGACCGUUCCAGUUUACGACUGUUCAACUAUCACGAGUAGAGACAUUAUCACAAUCAAAUGUGAAAGGGAUACAGACUUAUUUAGAAGGUGUUGUUGAAGACCUGAUUGAGAGAGCUAAAAUAGAAUGGGAAGAACAAAUAAACAUGUCGGGACCUGAACCAAUUAUGGAUAUGCCGAUACCACUGAUCCGAGUUCGAGUUGACUAUUCAGGUGGUUAUGAAACGUUCAAUCCCAAACUGUUCGGACAAAAGUUUAUUAACCGGGUGGCGAACCCGAAUGACAUGUUAAAGUUUCAAAAGAGUUCUGUCCCGAGAAUGUUGAAACCAUCAGAGAUGCUGAGCGACCUUAGUAGGGCGAUACCAGAAAGAUUAGAUACCUUUAAAGUGGAAGCUUUGGUGAAUGAAAUGUUAUCAAGAGAUUUAUUUAUUUUACCUGAACCAGGCUUAGAAGAAGCUGUCAUUUCUCUUGUUGAUAAAAGUGACAAAGAGGCCAUUCGUUCGUUUGUCUUCAAAUCCGUAACACAGACAAGAGAAAGUAUAACAGUCAAGAGCUUUCACAGAAACGAAGAAGAGUUUUACCUACACUUGGUUCGUCUUCUAGAAAUAGAAUGCAAUAAAUACUUUUUUUUAUUAAACAAAAAAGAGAUGUUCUUUUUUUUAAUAAAGGAAUGA